AUGUCUCAGACUCUUGGGCUGACUCGCCUUGCCUACUCGCGAGUAUGGCAUCAAAUAUCUGCAUCUACGCCUCAUAACACACUCACGACUCAACCCAACGUUACUCCUCCAUCGCUAGGACGACUGGCUUCACGAAUCGCUGUAAUUUUAAUGGGCAAACACAAGCCGAUCUGGGACCCGUCAACAGACUGUGGAGACUAUGUUGUCGUGACAAACUGCGCAGCACUGCACACCACGGGGAAGAAGAUGUGGCGAAAAUCCUAUUACAGGCAUACUACGCGUCCGGGAAGUUUAAAAGAGCUGACAAUGGACGCACUCAUGGAGAAGCACGGCGGUAGUGAAAUCUUACGGAAAGCAGUACGCGGUAUGCUGCCAAAGAAUAGACUACGGGACAAGCGACUUGCGCGCUUAAAGGCUUUUGAAGGAGACGCACAUCCGUACAAGGACAAUCUUGUCCGAUUCGGCGGCGUCGUCGUUGGCAGUGAAGGCUGGGAGCAGGCAGUAGAGAAGAUUCGAGAGUCGGACAAGGAGAGGCUAUGA